UCUCGAGAUCGUGGUCCCAUAUCCCUAGAGUGGAUCAUCGAGACACCACGACGUGAUGGCCCACUCACUGGAUGUGCGACACACGCCUGGCCCGCCGGCCGCGCAAGAGACUUUCCAAUUACCCACUCCACGAACGUUCACGGGCUUAUCUGGGCGGGAUGCUCUGGUGAUAUAUGAUGCAACCGCGUGGGUGGGCGCAGGGUAUUGACGUCUUAUCCAACAGCCGUCGCCCGUGGUCUUAGCGUGGUCCCGUACCCCUCCAAAGUUCUCAACACGCCAACAAACUCUAGCAGGCCGUCUUAGCAGUCUACGAGCACAAAAGCUGGCCAGUCGCAUUUCUUCCAGGCAUCUAUCUCUCCUUCGCAAUUGCACCAGUUCCUCAAUACUGUACUGCACAGUUCCCCCGCCCCUACAACAACAAUGGCGAAUGCUCUGGAUCACCUCAACUCUGGCAGGACCAGGAUCGAGUGGCUCAGCCAGCUCAAGACUGAGUACCAGCCUGCCAAGCAGUACCGACGAACCUCCAUCAUCGGCACCAUUGGCCCCAAGACAAACUCCGCGGAGAAGAUCAAUGCUCUCCGUAAGGUCGGCCUCAAUGUCGUGCGCAUGAACUUCUCCCACGGUUCGUACGAGUACCAUCAGUCUGUUAUCGACCAUGCACGCGAGGCGGAGAAGUCACAGCCUGGCAGGCCGCUUGCCAUUGCCCUUGACACCAAGGGACCAGAGAUCCGAACGGGUAACACCGAGGGCGACAAGGACAUUCCCAUCAAGGCCGGCACCAUCCUGAACAUCACCACCGACGAAGCAUAUGCCACCAAGAGCGACGACAAGAACAUGUACGUCGACUACAAGAACAUCACCAAGGUGAUUCAGCCUGGUCGCACCAUCUACGUCGACGACGGCGUCCUAUCGUUCGAGGUCCUCGAGGUUACCGACGACCAGACGCUCAAGUGCAAGUGCGUCAACAACGGCAAAAUCUCCUCCAAGAAGGGCGUCAACCUCCCUAAGACUGACAUUGACCUUCCCCCACUAUCCGAGAAGGACAAGGCCGAUCUCAAGUUUGGCGUGAAGAACAGGGUCGACAUGGUCUUCGCUUCCUUCAUCCGCCGUGGUAGCGACAUCACUGCCAUCCGUGAGGUGCUCGGCGAGGAGGGCAAGGACAUCCAGAUCAUUGCCAAGGUCGAGAACCAGCAGGGUGUGAACAACUUCGACGAGAUCCUGAAGGAGACGGACGGCGUCAUGGUCGCUCGUGGUGACCUUGGUAUUGAGAUUCCCCCCAGCCAGGUCUUCAUCGCCCAGAAGAUGAUGAUCACCAAGUGCAACAUUGCUGGUAAGCCCGUCAUCUGCGCCACUCAGAUGCUCGAGUCUAUGACCUACAACCCCCGCCCAACCCGCGCUGAGGUCAGCGAUGUUGGCAAUGCUGUCUUGGACGGCGCUGACUGUGUCAUGUUGUCUGGCGAGACCGCCAAGGGCGACUACCCCGUUGAGGCCGUAACCAUGAUGCACGAGACAUGCUUGCUUGCAGAGGUUGCUAUCCCAUACGUCAACGCUUUCGAUGAGUUGAGGAAGCUGGCUCCCGUCCCCUGCCCUACCACCGAGACGUGCGCUAUGGCUGCCGUGAGCGCCAGUCUGGAGCAGAACGCCGGUGCCAUUUUGGUUCUGACAACGAGUGGUACCACUGCUCGUCUAGUGUCCAAGUACCGCCCUGUCUGCCCCAUUAUCAUGGUUACCCGUAACGACAUGGCCGCUCGCUACUCUCACUUGUACCGUGGUGUUUACCCAUUCUAUUUCCCCGAGGAGAAGCCAGACUUCAAGAGCGAGCCAUGGCAAGAGGAUGUCGACCGUCGCCUAAAGUGGGGCAUCAUGAACGCCAUCAAGCUUGGUGUUCUUAACAAGGGUGACCCCGUCAUUUGCGUGCAGGGCUGGAGGGGAGGAAUGGGCCACACCAACACCCUCCGUAUCGUCCCAGCAACUGAAGAUCUUGGUCUGGACCAGGAGGCAUAGAGGUGACAUGAAUGAGAUACGGUUCUGUAGAAGUCGGUGGUUAUUCGCAUUCUUGCCUGCGCAGACACCGGGCUUGACUCGUAAAGUAAUAAAGGUUUCGCGUAACUGGUGCGAGAUUGGCAGCAGGCACUAGCGA